CCUCAUGUUCCCGUUGGUCCUUCCCUUUCAGAGAAAACGGGAAAGAUCCUGACGGAGUUCCUUCGUUAUUAUGAGGACCAGUAUGGUGUCGCCCUCUUCAACAGCAUGCGCCACGAGAUCGAGGCCACCGGGGGACCGCAGGCCCAGCUGCUCGCGAGGAAGGUGCCGCUGGAUGAACGCAUCAUCUUCUCGGGGAACCUCUUCCAGUACCAGGAGGACAACAAGAAGUGGAGGAACCGCUUCAGCCUCGUGCCCCAUAACUAUGGGCUGGUCCUCUACGAGAACAAAGUGGCCUAUGAGCGGCAUGUGCCACCCCGAGCUGUCAUCAACAGUGCAGGCUACAAAAUCCUCACCUCUGUGGACCAGUACCUGGAGCUGGUUGGCAAUUCCUUACCAGAGGGCAGCUGCUCAGGGGGCACUGUCUACACAGGGAUCACAUCAAAAUCAGGCACUGCCCCCAUCCUGAAGUGCCCCACGCAGUUCCCACUCAUCCUCUGGCACCCUUCUGCACGGCACUACUACUUCUGCAUGAUGACGGAGGCCGAGCAGGAGAAGUGGCAGGCUGUCCUGCAGGACUGCAUCCGGCACUGCAACAAUGGGAUCCCUGAAGACUCCAAGGUGGAGGGCCCGGCGUUCACGGACGCCAUCCGCAUGUACCGCCAGUCGAAGGAGCUGUACGGCACCUGGGAGAUGCUGUGUGGGAAUGAGGUGCAGAUCCUGAGCAACCUGGUGAUGGAGGAACUGGGCCCUGAGCUGAAGGCGGAGCUCGCCCCGCGGCUGAAGGGGAAACCACAGGAGCGACAGCGGCAGUGGAUCCAGAUCUCAGACGCCGUGUACCGUCUGGUGUACGAGCAGGCCAAAGCGCACUUUGAGGCGGUGCUGUCCAAGCUGCUGCUGGCCCGGCCGGCCAUGGAGGCCGUCAUCCGCACCGACAUGGACCAGAUCAUCACCUCCAAGGAGCACCUGGCCAGCAAGAUCCGAGCCUUCAUCCUCCCCAAGGCGGAGAUCUGUGUGCGGAACCACGUGCAGCCCUACAUCUCCUCCAUCCUGGAGGCCCUCAUGGUGCCCACCAGCCAGGGCUUCACCGAGGUGCGGGACGUCUUCUUCAAGGAGGUCACCGACAUGAACCUGAACGUCAUCAACGAGGGCGGGGUUGACAAGCUGGGCGAGUACAUGGAGAAGCUGUCCCAGCUGGCGUAUCACCCCCUCAAGAUGCAGAGCUGCUACGAGAAGAUGGAGCCGCUGCGGCUUGACGGGCUGCAGCAGCGUUUUGACGUGUCCAGCACAUCCGUGUUCAAGCAGCGAGCCCAGAUCCACAUGCGUGAGCAAAUGGACAACGCCGUGUACACCUUCGAGACCCUCCUGCACCAGGAGCUGGGGAAGGUGCCCACCAAGGAGGACCUGUGCAAGUCCAUCCAGCGGAUCCUGGAGCGGGUGCUGAAGAAAUACGACUAUGACAGCAGCUCUGUGCGGAAGCGCUUCUUCCGGGAGGCGCUGCUGCAGAUCACGAUCCCCUUCCUGCUCAAGAAGCUGGCCCCCACCUGCAAGUCGGAGCUGCCCCGGUUCCAGGAGCUGAUCUUCGAGGACUUUGCCAGGUUUAUCCUGGUGGAGAACACGUACGAGGAGGUGGUGCUGCAGACGGUCAUGAAGGACAUCCUGCAGGCCGUGAAGGAGGCCGCCGUGCAGAGGAAGCACAACCUGUACCGGGACAGCGUGGUCCUGCACAACAGCGACCCCAACCUGCACCUGCUGGCCGAGGGCUCGCCCAUCAACUGGGGUGAGGAGUACGGUGGCAGUGACGGCGGCAGUGGCGGCAGUGGCAGCCCCAGCCGCGGUGUCCAGGAAGCAGCCACUAUCUCGGAAAAGCGACGGCGUGCCAAGCAGGUGGUGUCCGUGGUCCAGGACGAGGAGGCAGGGCUGCCCUUCGAGGUCGGCCGUGAGCCACCAUCACCUGCGUCCCCGGACAGUGUCACUGAGGUCCGUGACCUGCUGGCCCAGGAUCUGAGGGCGGAGAGCCCCCCGCCAGCCUGCCCCCUGCUCAAUGGGGCCCCCGUGCCCGAGAUCCCUGUGCCCUCCUCGCCUUCGCCCUCCUCACCACCUGCAGCCUCACCACGGGCCUCACCCCUCCAGCAACUCCCACCUGGAAAGGCUGUGGACCUUGAGCCUCCAAAGCCCAAUGACCAGGAGACCGGGGAGCAGGAGUCCAGCCCUGGCGGCCGGCCCCCCAUCCACACCACCACCGAGGACAGCGCAGGGGUGCAGACUGAGUUCUAGGCUGGUCGCCCCCAAGCUUCUGUUGGACGCGGCACACGGGCCCCUCCCUCUGAGGCACUGACAAGCUUGGCUCCUGGGAUUUGGAUUUGUGCCUCCGGGUGGGGUGGGGCAGGGCUGGUGAGGCUCCUCGGGCUGAGCAGGGACAGGCCCACCUGAAGUCACUUUAUUGGGUUUGUCACACUUUGUUGCUGUUUUCUCUUCUGUGGGGUGAUCUCGCCUUUCCUGCUUGGCUAGGGGUUGAGCAAAGCUGAGGGGCCUGGGGAGCGCCGGGUGGCCCCAGUUCUCCCGGUCCUCCCUUCCUGCCUUUCCUCGUUGGCCCGUUUCCCUAAGGGGUCUUGCCAUCCUUGCAAAGAGGGAGGCAAAGGCAUCAUCUGCUGACUCAGAGCCCAUGAAUUUCCUCCCCUCUCAUCAAGGAAGGGCUCAUUGGAACCAGGAACAUGGAGUGUCCAGGCCCAUCCCUGGGCCCCACUCCCCUCUCUGCUCUUCCAGGCUGGGCCCAGAGGCCAGUUUUGGAGUGGACAGUGGCCUGGCUUUCCCCACCCCGGGUGAGGGGAAGUGCAAGGAGGGGUCUUCAGGCCAGAGCCAGGCUGGGGUGGGGGGAGGGGCCAUAGGCCUGGGGUUGGAAUGAGAAAGGCUUGGAAUGUGCUGGUCUGGGCAAGGAAGUGUCCGAGGGCAGGAAAAGGGCAGGAAAGAAUGAGCCAUGCAAGCAGGAGGCCAGAGGGCAGAGGUUGCUGGAGGCCAGGCAGGCCUUGAGGCCUUGUCUCCCGGUUCCAGCCUCAGCAGGCUCCUGCCGCCUCCUGCCCGUGCCCGCCUGCUGGGCUGGGCUGAGGGAGGCGGCACUGCUCAGGGGCAGGGUUUAGCAGGUGUGGAUUCUGUCCUCCGAGGGCCACCUCCAAGGUACGGCUGUCCACCGCGGGAGCUCUAGGGUUCCUGAGGGUCACGGCUCCCGAGGCACCAUUGGUCGCCGCUCUGAGGGCUUGGGGUCAGGCUGUGGCUUGGCUGUUGCUGCCUGAGUCCCCGAGUCACCUCAGCCGAAACAUUCCAGGCCUGUUUUCAAAUGUGAGUCACUUGGGGGCCAACUGUCCUCAGCCUCUUGUUCCUGGGGGUGAGGGUCAGGCCGAGGCAACCCCCAGCCUGGCAGUCCCAGGCCCUGCCCCUGCUGCUUUGAGGAGAGGGUCGGCAGGGCAGACUGACUUCUUCAGGGUCCUCGGGGUGGGGCCCCCACCCAGCCCUGCACCCUCCCUUGAUCUGCUUCCUGGGGCCCCGGGCCUUGGACCCCAGGAUGGAUGGCAGUGGUUGGUGCAGGCCCCCCACCCCGCACCUCACUAAACCUCUUCUACCAACACCUUCCGUCUUACGAUGCCCUCCUCUAGUGCCUUCUUUGGGGAUUUUCCAGUCAUUCUUCCCAGAUAUUGUAUUGAAAAUAUUAAGCAAACUGUUUAAGCUUCUACUAAUCAAUAAAUGCUUUAUUUAAAGCCA